UGAAAAUUGCUUUAAUUUUGUAAAAAAAAAAAAAACUCAUCUAAUAAUCACUGUGGAGAGAGAAAAUGAAAGAAUUGUAGGGAGAGAAAGACGGAGAAAAUGGUUCAGAAAAGCGAUAGCGACGAAGACGAAACCUUCUACUACCGCUACUCCUCAGCCCCAGCACCACCCUCCACCAAAAACCUAGCCAAACCUUCCGGCGGCGGCGGCGGCGGCGGCGGCGGCGGAGGAAGCGGGAGCGGGAGCGGGGGCCUAGCACCAUCCAAAUCCACCGUCUACGUCAGCAACCUCGACUACAGUCUCACCAACUCCGACAUCCACACCAUCUUCUCCACCUUCGGCAAGGUCGCCAAGGUCACCGUCCUCAAGGACCGCCACACACGGCAGAGCCGCGGUGUUGCCUUCGUCCUCUUCGUCUCUCGCGAUGACGCCGUAAACGCCGCCCGAGGAAUCAACGGAAAGGUUCUCAAUAAACGAACCCUAACCGCCUCAAUCGCCUCCGAUAACGGACGCGCCGCCGAAUUUAUAAGGCGGAAGGUUUAUAAAGAUAAGAGUAGGUGUUAUGAGUGUGGAGAGAGUGGGCAUUUGUCGUACGAGUGCCCGAAGAAUCAGUUGGGACCGAGAGAGCGACCGCAGCCAAAGCGGGCACGGCGGGGAGGUGGCAGUGGAGGAAGCGGGAGGGGUGGUGGUGGGGAGGAGGAGGAGGAGUGGGAGGAAGAAGAGGGUGGGGGAGAGGGGUUUGAGGAUGAUAAUUGGGCGUCAGUGGUGGAUACUGGGGUGGAUGAGAGGUUGUUGAUGAGAGAGGAGGGAGUGGGAGAGAGGAGGAAGGCCAAGGGUAAGAGAGAGAAGAAAUCUAGCUAUUUCAGCGAUGAGAGUGGUGAUGAUGAGUGACUGUAAACAUGGGGUUUGUUUGAAGGUUUGAUUUACAGUGGGUCACUGAAGUUUCAUCUUGGAGCAUGAGCAACUUCUUAAAACAACCAAGGGAAAUCCUGUGAGAAGCAUCGUGAUACAAUGACGUGAUCAUCACAUGCAUGUAUAGACUAGCAUAGUUGUGAAAGGCUCAAGGUGCACUAAGGCGCCAAAGGGUGGAGCCUAAGCGCAAGGCGCAAGCCUAAUCGAAGUAAGGCGCGUGUAUAUAAUAAUGCAUAUUUAAACAUAUAUUAUUGUAUAUAUGCAUAAUCAAGCCGUAAUUACAGUUAAUGUAAGUAGUGAAUCAUAAAUAUAUGAAUUUUGUCAAAUAUUUCAUAAGGUUAACCAAUACGAUAUAUGAUAUAGAACCUUUUAGUUUAGUAGUCAUUAAGUAAAAAAAAAAAUGAUAUGAAUAAAUGAUUAAGAAAUACUAGGCGCUCCUUUUUUGAGCCUGGAGCCUACUAAAAAGCGUGAGCCUGAAGGCCUUAUGUGAGCCUGGUUGAAGGUGCCUAGCCUAUAGUAGGUUGAGGCGCCCUAGCUGAGCCUUGACGAGCCUGGGGUUUUUUUUGGAGCCUAGGCUCGCCUUUAACUACUAUGACUAGUAGGCAGUGAAAAUUGAGUUAGUACAGGCAACAAUAAUACUAAGGGUAUGUUUGGUACGGUGACAAAGAAAAGAAAGGAUAACAUAAGUUAUGAGGAAAAGGGAAAGAAAGGGAAGGGAAGGAUAAUUUUAAUUCCUUAUCGUGUUUGGUUGAUUAAUGAAGGAAAAGAAAGGAAAGGAUAAUAAUCGUGUUUAGGAAAGGAAAGGGAAGGAAAGUAUUUUUGUAAAUUUACUAUUAUACCCUUUUAUAUUUUAAAAAAUAAAUUUAUAGGCCUCAAAAUUUAUAGGCCCAUGGAUGAUGGGCCACCAGAAAAACAAAUAUAUUUUUAGGGCAAAUAAUUUCAGCCUCCUUAAACGCCUCCAUCUCUAUUCUCGUUCUCAACUCUUAACCUGCCCUCUCUCUCUCUCUCUCUCUCUCUCUGUAACUGCAAACUACAAAAUCUACAAGAAUCAGAAGUUCAAAGCCCAUAUAUUUCAGAACCAACAGUGGAGUAGUUAGGUCCAACGGCUUCCAUGAGCGGUGAGGAGGUCUGGUUAGCCACAAAAUUGAAAUUAGCUCCAUCCAUGUAACUAUCUGCCAUGCUUGAUUCAUCGCCGGACUGAACUUCGCCUCCCACUCGCCGUCACGCGCGCAUGCGAGUAGAUCUAACGCGUCUUUCACACGCACACUUGCCCCUUCUUCUUUGGCGACUGCAAUUCUGCCCCUUAACAUCAACUCUUGGCCGUCUAGCACCAGACCCGGAACUGGUCCGGCCUCCGUUCCUCUCCUCAACGCAAAGGUUGUACUGAAUUUUGGCGCCCUAAAAUCAAGGGUAAAUUUGGUAUUACAUUAGUCUCUCCUGCUCUCUCCUUCCCUUUCCAUCCAUUUCCUCCCAUUUUUGGGAAGAUUACGAAAGUUACUUUUAAGUCUAUUUCUAUCCCUCCAAAACCCUCCAUUUUCUUUCCUUUCCUUCCAACUUUCAAUACCAAACAUGCUUUUUAAUCACCCUCCAUAAUCUUUCUUUUCUUUUCCUCCCAUUUCCACUCUACCAAAUUGGGCCUAAAUGUAGGAUGUUAGACCAAAUGGAGGAGGUUCCAUUAGAUGGCUGAUAGCUAGCACAAUAAUAUAUUUUUAUUUAAAGAAGUAUUUUUUGAGCGCUUUUCUAAUAUAUUUUUACUUAUCAAAAAAAAUAUAUAUAUAUAUUUAAAGAAGUAUUAGGUUCUCUGCCCCGAGAAAUACGUUUUUUUUUUUUUUUUUUCAUUUUCAAUUUAGGUGUUUCCGUGUUUGGCUUUGAGUAGUAGACUAUUAGGCAGUGAAAAGUGAGUCGAAGGUUUCUGCAUUUUGUUGUACUAGUGGGGGUAAAAACGCUAAUUGAAGACGAGAUUUAGACACUACUUGGAAAAGAAUCAUUGAUUGGUAAACUUUUGAAGUUGGCAGGUAUUGCAAACAAAAAGAUGGCUAACACUUCAUGCCUGUAACUUAGGGAGAUUGAAAAAUACAAGAGACGAAGAUUAUUUAAGAUCUCAAGUAGAAUAUAUAGGUAACACAAUAGAGAAGAGGUGGUAAUUUAUAAGAUUUUAAAAGGUGUUGUAACAUUUGUAGUAUACUCUAGAGGGAACUUUUAUGAUAAUGUAAUGUAGUAAAAGAUUGUUGAGGGUAUGCUGGUAUGAGAUAGUUUAUGAUGGACUUAGACUGUAGCAAUCAUGUGGUAGAUUGUUUAUGGUGGACUUAAGACUUUAAAUGAUCAUGACAGGGAUAAAAUUGUACAAAUUAUUACUGUACUAACUUGAUGAGGCUAUAGCCCAUGAAAUCAAUUUUAACAUGAUUAACUAAUGUACAAAUUAUAAUGGAAUGGAUAGAGUUUUCAUCGUUUGUGAGGUACAAAAUAGGAGGAAAGGAGCAGAAAAGAGUCUCUUUAGGUCCACCAUUUUCUCCGCGACCAAAAGUAGACCUAGAGGUGAAGGCAGAGAGAACCCUUCCUUUACGAUUUAUCCCUUCAAACAAUACCUUGUGUUAACAUGCAAGAAUGGAAGAGUAUAGUGGUAAAAGGAAAUGCAAUCUUUUGCCUCCCUUUUUGUUUUUUUUCAUGUUAAAACAAAUAGAUGGUAGAAAAUCGGUUAGUGGUAAAAAAAAUACAAUGCUUUGCUUCCUUUUUUUUUUUUUUUUUCUUGUUAAAACAAAUAGAUGGUAGAAAAGACAGUUCUUUUCCCUAGGUAAUCUUUUUCAUCUUUCUACCUGCCCUUUCUCUCAAAUUUCCAUCUCCUACCAAAUGAUCUUAAGUGUGGAGCUUUAACGUUAAAAAGUUCCAGUGACCUAUUUUAUCCACCUUUAUAGCACUUCUUGUUUUGUUUGUACUUUGUAGUUUUCUUCUUAUGCAGUUGGCUCUCUCUGUACCGUUCAUGUUCAGCCUUGCUUGUUUUGUGCUCUGGCAUGGGAAGGUUUCUCAUAAUUCUAUCUUUUCGGGUAACUUAUUUUUGGUAAUAAUUGUUGUUUUUGGUAAGAAAUCCCUCAUUUAAGUUUAACUUGAACAUCUAUUCUUUGCUAUUCUAAAUUUUAAGUGUUUGAUGCAUAUAAUUUUGAAAUCAAACCGGGGGGUUAAUGUCAUGGCUCUCUACGCGUCCUAACACCUUGAAUUGAUGGGACUACCUCCGUUAAUGGCUUUCAUUCUGUACACUAUUUUCAUCUAUGGUUGAGUUUGUAGGUUGAAUAUAUAAGAAAUGGUUGGAUCUAGGGUUGCCUUUUCAAAUACAUUAAGGUUUUCUGGUUGGAUGGUUUUGGGCGUGAUCGGUAUCUACCCUAUUGCAACCUCAGCCAAUUUCACCAGAUUUGUAGUUUUAUAUUAUAUCUUUGUACUACUAGUAAACUUUUCAUUUUAAGUCCUUUUUUAUAGUAAAGUUCAUUCUCAUUUCUUUUCCCAAUUUUGUUGUUUCCUUUGAAUAUUGCCAACUUGGCUAUCAAAGUUAAAAUAAUAAUAAUAAUAAUAAAAUAAAAAAGAACAAGAAGAAGAACUGAAGAAGAUAGGGGUAUGUUGAUGAAUCUCAUUUGCUGUUAGCAGUUUGGCAAAGAUAUAUAUAAUGUUUAACCUUGAUUAGGCUUAACUGACAAAAACUUUGUUUAGGCAUAGACAGACUUUUGAGGGAGAGGACCUCUGACAAAACUUUAAAUCACUAUAUGAACAAUAGUUAGCGAUAUUGAUGGAUAGGGUAGCAAUAAGUCUUGCAGUGCAUUUAGAUUGAGAGGUUUGGAGGGAAAUGAAGAAAAAAGAAAGAAAAGAAGACAACCACCUUAUAUCAUACGUUUAGAUGAGUAAUUAUGAGGGAAAGAGAAGGAAAAGACGGGAAUGAUGAGACUUCUUAACUCCUCAACACCCGAUUUGUUUUCCUCCCAAAAGUGGAAGGAAAAAGGUACUGAUUGUCCUUGUUGUUUCUACUCUUUACAACAGGGGAAUUUUUUUUUUUUGGUCCCUUGAACUCGUAUAAUUAAAACGUCCAUGUACCUUCCUAUCCUCUUAUUUUUUUUUCUGGAAAUGAGGUGGGGUUAUUUCCUUUUCUCUUUCCCUCCAUAGUCAUCCAAGCAAUAUGGGGACUAACCACUAUUCAUCCUUUAUUUCCCUUUCUCUCCCAUUUAGUGCUUUCAUUCUCUUUCCUUCCCCACUUUGUUCUCCAAACAGACCGUUUACUUCCAACAUAUUAUGUAAAUGAAAUUGUUGUGAUCUUUUUAGUGUGAAACAAUAAAAAUUGAAACCUAAUCCCAUUCCUUUCUCUUAGAAUCCAUGCAUACACACUACCGGUUAUGUGCAAUGGCUUUGGCAUUUCUUACUUAACCUCAUUAUAAAAAUAGUAUUGGAUAGGACACCGGUUUUAUCCAAAGCCAUUAUAGAAUAUAGUGGUAAAACGUAAGCAUGGCAUCUAAGAGGGAGUGGUGGGGUUAGGGGAUAUUCUUAUUGCUUGUCAAUAAAAAAUAAUAAUAAAAAAAGGAAGAAGAAGAAGGAGACAGAGAGAGGGGAAUGUUGCUUUCAUAAAUCUUAACUCCGUGUAACUGAAAUUCUUUGAAUAAUAGCCUCCGGCUAUGUUGCAUGGACUCGGUAUGUGUUGUGGGUGCGCGUAUGGAUCCACUCGUUGGACGUGUCAAAUCCUCAUAUAUAUCGGCACGUGGACACUCCUGAAGAUUCAUAUUAUUUAAUAUUUUUAUUUUAUUUCUAGAGUAUAAUAGCGUCUUUAGGUAACAGUGUGCAAUAUAGGCAUUUCACUCGUUUUGAAUCAAUAAUAUAAUAAAAUUGAAUCAUUGAUAUUUUUUUUUAAGUGCGCGUCCAACUAAAAGUAUUGGGCAUGUAUCCCAUGCACAUGUCCAAGUAUUACGUGUCUGACACGGGUACUUCACCUACCUUUGAGGAGUUCAUGUAACAUAGGCCUCCUGUAUGAAGUUGUUCAGUUUAGAUCCUUUAUAGAAACUGUAUAUGAGGGAGAUAGAGAAGUAAUUCUCUUCAUUUGUUCACAAUAAGUACAUGGCACAGAACAUGUAUGAUCUGUUUGAUAUUUUAUUCUUUGUGUUAUUGUAUAAAUAGAAUUAAUUAGGAAAAGCAAGGAGAAUAGAAUUAGAGAAAGUAAAGAAGAAAGUAGAAGAGAAAGAAAUAAUCUCAAUAUCCCUUGAACAAAUUUGAAACAUAACUGACACCUACACUCCUAUUUAUAGGCACGCAAAAAGUUAAAUCCUUAACAAUUUAGCAAAUACAUGCCUAAAAUAAUUGUUGCUGAGGGUAGUUGUCGCUGCCCACCAUAGUUGUAGUUGUCGCCGCCCACCAUAGAUGGUAGAUGUUGCCGCCCAACCUAGGUGUAGCAGCUAGGGAUGGCAAAACACCCAGCCCCAUGUAGAAUGGUUAUGGGGGUGGUUAAAUUGUUUUGGACGGGGAUGGGAAUGGGAAA